AUGGCACCCUCUAUUCCUGUUCCCCAAAGCGGGUUCCAGGCCAUCAUCCUAUGUGGUCCUGGUGUUUCUCUCAACACAUUUACUGCCAACCCCGAGGAGUAUCCAAAAUGUCUCAUCCCAGUUGGAAACAGAGUCAUGCUCUACUACCCAAUGACAUAUGCAUUGCGGGCAGGAAUUACCGAUAUCACAUUGAUCACCCCUCCUACCUCCCUCGCUCCUAUCCAGGCCGCUUUGCAACAAAACCCACACCUUACGGCCCUUCCAUCGCCCCGUGUAAUCGCCCCAAAAGGACUCGAGAUGACAAUGGGUACCGCUGAGCUUCUUCGUCUUCCAGAAAUUCAAGCCUGUAUCAAGACAGAUUUUCUUCUCCUCCCUUGCGACCUCAUUUCCGAAAUCCCAGGAGAAUCCUUAAUUGAGGCUUGGAUGGUGUCACAGGGUGCACUUGGAGGGAGCACAUUAUCGGAGGGCAAGAAUGCCCAUGGGCCUGUCUCUUCAGCCCCCGGUGGUGAACAAGGUGGCCGACGAGGUGGUCUUAGUGUAUUCUAUCAGACACAGGGUCGCGAGGAGAGUGUCAAGGGUGAAUCGACAGAUUUUGUCGCAGUUGCGCCGCUUGAGCAAGAUAAGGAUGAGGCGCCCGCGGUAUCUCACUUGGUUGAUGGGCCCCAAUCAGUGCGAUCUAAUUUGUCGAAAUUGGUUCUUUCUAUGCCGAUGGAUACCCUGAAGGAGAAAAUGGAGAAGGAUAAGGGCUUCCUUCUUCGUCAUUCUUUGAUUGAACAGCAUCCCAACGUGAAGAUGCUGACCAGCUAUCGGGAUGCUCAUCUUUAUGUUUUCCCUUACUGGGUUAAAGAACUCGCUCGUCAGGAGAAGCUUGAGUCUGUCAGCGAGGAUAUUCUUGGCUAUUGGGCUAAGGCUGGCUGGCAAAAGGGGCUUGCGGAUAAGCUUGGCAUGAAGGAGAUCUUCCAAAAAGAAAGCCAUGGACAACAUGAGACUGGUAGCCAGGAUGGCGAAUCAUUAGAAGAUGAGAUUGAUCUUCGAGGCAUGAGUACCACUAAGAUUGGCUCUAACGUCGAGAAGCCUCAAUCGCCGCCUGUUUAUGCGUCCCGCGUAAAGGCAUCCAACGAGUCUUCCAAGACAAUUGAAGUACCGCCAAUUCUCGCCUAUGUGCAACGAGGAUCAGCACCAUUUGUCCGCCGUGUCGACAGCACCGCUAUUCUACUCUCUACAUCUCUCCGUCUAGCUAAGCUGGAAUCUACCGAAGAAGCUGGGCGUCAAGCAUCGCCUUUCGCUCACAAUCAAAAGAUCGCGCACCCUGACGGCGUGGCUCAACGAUCUACAGUCACAAAGACUGAUUGUCUUCUUGCGGAGAAUGUCACUGUGGAGGAGAAGUGUGUCAUCAAGGAAUCAGUAAUUGGAGCCAACUGCCAUAUUUCGACUGGUGCACGAUUGACCCGCUGUCUUCUUAUGGAUGGCGCAACUGUUGGUCCUCGCGCUGUUCUUUCCGGAUGUGUUAUUGGCAAGCGAGCAAAGAUUGGUCGUGAAGCACAACUCAAGGACUGCGAAGUCCAAGAUGGUAACGUUGUUGAGGACGAGGCGGAUGCCAAGAACGAAAAGUUCAUGGUUUUUGAGGGCAUUGAUGAUGGUGAAGCUGGGGGGGAUUUUGAUGACGAGUUUUAA